AUGGACUAUUUAGAGGAGGAUGAUGACUUGCCGGAAUCUAACAUCUAUAUUUUACCUCCAGAUGAUGAAAAUGAGACCGAAGUUGAUAGCGACGAAUCUGACGACGAGCAUGCAGCGAAUAUAAAUGACCUACCUCGCGGAAUCCUAUCUCAGGAAUGUGAAAUACCUUACGCUGAGGAACCCUUCCAGAAGAGGACACCCCCCAGGCCGACAGGCACCACCAGGCCCACCAGGACCACCGGCCCACCAGGGCCACCCGGCCCUCCAGGACCACACGGCCCUCCAGGACCUCAAGGCCCUCCAGGACUACCCAGCCCUCCAGGCCCGGCGGUCCUCAGGACCAACGGACCUUUAGGACCGCACGGUCCCCCAGGACUACGGUCCGGGAUCGGCCGGCCCUCUAGGACCAACGGACCUACAGGACCGACGGGACUCCAGGAUACAGGACACAGCCCUCCAGGACCACAGGCCCUCCAGGACCACCCGGCCCUCCAGGACUACCAGGUCCCCCAGGACCGGCGGUCCUCCGGGAUCAGCGAACCUUUAGGACCGCACGGCCCUCCAGGACUACGGUCCAGGACCGGCCGGCCCUUCAGGUCAACAGACCCUCAGGACUGUCGGACCUCCGGGACACCAGCCCUCCAGGACCAACCGGUCCCCCGGACCUGA